AUGAAUAAGCUUAAAUAUCUCGCUCUCGUCUUCUACUACUGGGUCUGCUUCUGCUUCAGUUUUCUUUCUCAAGAUCUGAUCCCCAAAUUCACCACAGUUUUCCAUCAUUAAAGCAUUGUCCAGACCACCAUGAGUCGUGGGAACAGCUGUGGUGGAGGGCAGAGCUCGUUGGGUUACCUUUUCGGCAGUGGAGAGGCUCCCGUACCUGCGCCCCCUGCACCCGGACCGAACAAUGGGGCUCCCCCGAAACCCAAGGCUGCUCCCGAACCAGCGGACAUUACCGGGCAAAUUCCAGCGGGUACCAAUAGGACAUCGGUCAACAACUAUGCCCGAGCUGACGGACAGAACACCGGCAAUUUCCUCACUGAUCGACCUUCAACGAAAGUGCAUUCUGCUCCUGGCGGUGGAUCGUCACUUGAUUACCUCUUCAGCGGAGGCAAGUAAUAAUACCUUUUGAGGUUGUGGUCGGCAUCUGAAUUUUAUCUGAAUCAUGUCAUUUGGGUUUUCUUAAUCAUUUUCAAUCAAAACUCGGCUUAUUUGGCUCUGUGGUUAUAGUCAAUGGAACAAACCAUCUAAGUCUUCACAAUUUCAAUGCAAAAGUUUAUCCGGUGAAUA